CGUUGGACACGGCUGAAAUAUUCUUUAUUUGUCUAAAAUAUCUCGUAAAACUCAUGCAGCACGGCAAGUUGUGUAAUACUUUUCGAAACCCGGCUUUUCGUCGAAGAAUUUGGUGAAUCAUUAGAGAGUUGUCGAUACCAUUCAAGGGUGUUACACACCCGUUGCAAUGCAGCUCACGUUCCGAGAUGUAUCCCGGAUAUUUACGCAACGAAUCGAUGAAUCAAAGUUCCAAAAUGUCGGAGCCACUCGUCGUCGAAUCGGUGCACAUGUACGAAAAGGAGAAUGCCAAACUUCAUCAUACGUUCAACUACGAAUUGGUACAUUUAGACCCACCGACAGCAGUUCUGAGAAGGGGCCAAACUUUUAAUCUUGCUGUGAGAUUCAAUCGAGAAUACGUGGACGAGUCUGAUAUCGUCAGAUUGCUGUUCAGUUUUGGACCAAAUCCAAACGUUUUGAGGGGUACCAGAGGAGUGAACACCAUAACCAACAGGGAUAGCUAUUUGGCUGAUUUGGAGGCAUGGGGUGUACGAAUGAUUGGUAUACAUGGAACGGAUUUGUCCGUGGAAGUGAGAAGUCCCAUCGAUAGUCCUGUUGGUUUAUGGCAGUUGAACGUGGAGACCACCAUCCUGGGCAGUAAGGCGGCUCCGAUCACCUUCAAUUAUGAAAAGGAUAUUUAUCUGCUGUUUAACCCGUGGCUGAAAGAGGAUGUAGUAUUCAUGGAAGAGGAACAACUUUUGGACGAAUACGUUCUAAACGACGUUGGAAAGAUAUGGGUUGGCCCAUGGGGAAGUUCUCGAGGCAGAGAAUGGGUUUUCGGUCAAUUCGAUGCAUGUGUACUUCCUGCUUGUCAAUUGUUGCUAGAAAGAUCUGGCAUUAAAGCAACUUCCAGAGGAGAUCCUAUUAGGAUGUGCCGAGCUAUUUCGAGAAUCGUGAAUUCGAAUGACGACAGAGGUGUCAUAACCGGACGUUGGGACGGCGAAUAUGGCGACGGUACCGCACCCGCCGCGUGGACCGGAAGCGUGCCAAUUCUAGAACAAUUCUUAGAAACAGCCGAGUCAGUGAAAUACGGACAAUGCUGGGUAUUCGCUGGUACUGUGACCACCAUAUGUCGAGCUCUCGGAAUACCAUCGAGGGUGGUGUCAAAUUUGGUAUCAGCUCACGACGCGAACGCCUCGCUUUCCGUCGAUCGUUAUUACGACAGAAACAACGAGGAGCUCGAAUACGACCCUAAUAAUUUUGACGGUGAAGACUCAAUCUGGAACUAUCAUGUGUGGAACGAUGUGUGGAUGGCCAGGCCGGAUUUGCCGAAAGGAUACGGAGGAUGGCAGGCCAUUGAUGCUACUCCUCAGGAACCUUCCGAGGGUGUUUAUCAAUGUGGACCAGCUUCCGUUGAAGCAAUUAGACAGGGAGCUGUUGGUUAUAAUUAUGACGUAACUUUUAUGAUAGCUUCGGUGAAUGCUGAUCUAAUGAGAUGGAAGGAGGAUCCAGAAAGUGAACUGGGAUAUUCCAAAAUCGAUUGCAAUAAAUAUCACAUCGGUCGUAUGAUUCUGACGAAAGCACCUUGGAUUUACGAUCCGAAUGGCGACAGAGACAGAGAAGAUAUAACAUCAUUAUAUAAAGCGAAAGAAGGAACUGAAGCCGAGCGUUUGACACUAUACAGAGCAGUUCGCAGUACGGAAGUGGCCAAAAGAUUUUACUCUUUGCCUUCGCCAGGAAAAGAGGACGUGGAAUUCGAUCUCGUAGACCUGGAACGAGUGAAUAUUGGUCAUCCAUUUGCAGUAACCGUGAACAUAAAGAACAAAUCCAAUGAACCAAGAACCAUUCAAGCUGUUCUGUCUGCCGGUAGUGUUUACUAUAACGGCGUCAAGGCGAACCUGGUCAAGAGAGCAUCCGGUGACUUUGUACUUCAACCGAAAGCCACUGAACAGCUGAAGCUCACGGUCACAGUGGACGAUUAUUUGGAUAAGCUAGUAGAAUAUUGUAUUAUGAAACUAUACUGCAUUGCCACGGUCAAAGAAACUAGGCAAACAUGGGCCGAUGAGGAUGACUUCCAGGUGCUGAAGCCAAACAUUGCAAUUAAGAUCGACGGUGAACCAGUGGUAGGAAGUCCAUCAACGAUUUCGCUUCGCUUCAAAAAUCCGUUGAAGAGAAUGCUAACAGAGUGCAAAUUCAAUUAUGCUGGACCAGGACUCUCGAGGAACAAAACGUUGAUGUUCAGAGACGUCGAACCAGAAGAGGAUGUGUAUGUGGAACACCAGUUGGUUCCUCAGAAACCUGGACCACAGAAGAUUAUUGCUACUUUUACUUCGAAAGAACUCGUUGACAUCACAGGCUCCGCUGCCAUUGAUGUCCUCGACGAGGACGAGUGAAGUCCUUAAAUCUUACAAUUUCUCUAUCAACCGAAAUCCUUCUCACAUAAUUUUUAAAUCGUAACUCAAAGAAAAAUAGUAUUGAUAAAUUACAUAUUAGAUAUACUUAGAUUAAUAUCACCAAACGAGUGCAAUAAAAUUUGUAUUUAAAUUAGUUGUAGUAUACUUUAAAUAUCGCGAAUGUUUUAAAUGAUGAGUUGACAUUUCUUAUUUUUACAUGGAAUGUAAAGCUUUAACAAUCCAUCGGUUUAUAUCGAGAAUAUUCUAGUUACUUGUAAUUCGAUGACUGCUAAAAUUCAGCGUAAAUGAACAUCUGUUUGGUCACAGUGGGCCAUUUCCGGUGGAUGACGAACGAAUUAAAAUUACGUUACUCAAUGGCACGCUGUUCGAAUGCAGAGGCAAAAGGAUUACGUAGCUGGUUUUUAGACAAAGGUUGAGAUCACACUUCAGAGGAGAUAGGGAUUACGUAAUCGAAGAAAAUAGCGAAGAUGUAAAAAUAGCUGGGAAACGAAUUGCCUCUCAUGUAGACUGUGAAUAAAUUUAUGUUUAUACGUGAAGUGAAGAACAAUUAGGAAUUUGUAUCAUUAAUAGUUUAAUUGUCAUUAAUAGUUUAAGUGAAAUUUGCAGGAAAAUGUGUUCAGAAUUUAAUUAAGUAAAAAGUAAUUGAAAAUUAAAGAAAACUGUGAAAAUCGCACUCGCCUGUUGUAAUUUAAAUAUCAAAGUGAUACGUUACAUAUUCGUUACUCAUGCAAUACUGUGCGUUCGAAUUUUAAUACUAAUUGUCCGAUCACGCAAUAUAGCGUGCUCAAUACUCAACGCCUACACGUUGCGGCGGACAGCAAUUUACAUCAAAUUUACAUUAUCAAACCACUGACUUUGAUUUCAUCAUAAACAUGCUAUUCAUACAACUUAAUUAAUAUUUAAUAAGUUUGUUAUAUACCACCGAAAUUUAUUGAUUGAUUUUAAUGCAUUCCGCAUAAAUUUGAAUAUUUUGUAAGUAAAAGUUACUAAAAUAUUAGAUCUUUGGAAAAGUUACAUAUGCGUGAAUAUUUUUUUAAUUGAAGAUUACACGUUUUUUUUAAAUAUUAUAAAAAAUGUUUUUUAUAUCGUAAUCGAUAUAAUUGUAGGUUAAUAGAGUUAUUCUAUUAAUUUUCCAUGAUAAAUUUCUGUUAAUGAAAUUGUUUGGAAGAUUAGUGUUUUGAACGAGUUCGCGUUCAUGUGAAUAAAUAUACACAUACUAUUAUGGUGGCCAUAUUUGAAGACAUAAAGUCAAUUUUAUUUAGAAGAAACGUGCUUAUUACUUGGUUGUAUAUGAAAAAAAUGCAAGGAAAACAAAUUGUAAUUAUUCCUUUGUAUAUUUGUACACGAAAUU